GGAGUGCGUCAAAAGAGUUUCUGUCUUGGGAUCUGGUGAAUAUCAACUGCAAUGUGCCUUGUGAAAAUACUAGCCUUUCUGUCCGUGAUCGGUUUAGUGGUUCUGUCCUCCGCCGAAGGAAUCAGUAGACCCUUGCCUCCUUAUGUGGGUCUGCCCACCCAGGAUGGCCUCACCCGGUUGUUCCUCAAUUCGCGAGUGACGCAUCGUGAUCCCCUCGCCUCGGUGGCUUGUUUCGGCGGUUAUAUUGGCGAAUCCAACCUGAUCGCGGAACAGUACAGUGCCAACUACAGUAGUUGCGCCAAGGCGGCCCAGAACUCUAGGAAAGGCAUUGACUCUGACUUCCUGGCCACGCGCAGGACCAUCAGGCUCUCCUCCGAGAGGGUGUGCCAGGAGCUCAGCGUUUGCAACAGGAUCGAUAACACCCUCGAUUCCUUCAACUGCCAUGCCGCUGUGGGCUCCAAUAACACGGUCUCCACAUAUAGCAUUUCGGGAAAUGCCUCAGAAUCUGCUAGUUUGCUGCAGGAAAGAUACCGCGUAGUGGAUCUGCAGCACGAUCAAUGUUGCCACAAGGCGGAGCGCAACUACGUGGAGUCCACGGCCAAGAACUACAACCACCUGCAGGCCUGUUUGGAUGGCCGGGCUCGGCCGAAGCCCAUGCCCAAGCCCAGGCCCAGCACCACCUCCACGACCUCCACAACCACCACCACGACGACGACCACGGAGGCGCCCACCCAACCACCAACCACCACUGAAGCCCCUUUAAACUUGGACGAUCAGUUCAAGCAGCUUUUAAAUUUGUUAAACUAAUGCCCACUAAAGUGUACAAUUUUUUUAAGAAAAAGAUACGAAAUUAAAUAAAGGGCAGUCCUUGGCAAAACAAUCCUUGGGCAAACAUUUGCACAACUUGAAA